AUGACACUUAUUUUAUACACUAUUAAAGCAAUUCUCAUUGUUGAUGUGCCUCCUCCAGGAUCAGGUGAGGACAUUGUUUUACCUUUUACCAAGACGUUAGAUUACUGGAAAGAGUAUGAGUUGAGUGAGUUCUACAAUAGAAUACCACAACGUCCUCACUUCCGUCCAUUGUUUUACUCGCUUGGAAUUUUUCGUGAAUGGGUUGCAUUAAGUCUGACUAUGACUUUUAUCGAGUUAACAAAGAUAGUAGAUGAUAUUGGGGAGGACACUCCAAGAAGCAAACUAGAUGGCUACAAAGAGGCAUCGGAAAUGCUAGAAGAGCACGGAUUCGACGUUAAAGCACCUUUAUCACGGAUCAAGGAGCUGUUAUCUGUCGUCAAAAAUGGGCUGAAAAAUAUAAUUGAGGAACAGAAAGGUGUGGAGAAAGAUGUAUGA